AAAAAUAAAACCAACAAAAAAAAAGUCAGCUCUGCUUUUCCCAUCUUCUUCCUUAGUCCUCUACCAGCACGAUGGUCUGCCAUUCCCAUCUUCUUCUUCCUCAGUCCUCUACCAGCUCCUCCUCGAUCAGACCCAUAAACUUGCAACCAACAGCAAAUCAAGCAUCUCAUCUACAGACCCACCAUACCCACAAACCGAAGCCUCCAUCUCCUUCCUCAGACCACCGAUUUGCCACCUCCAACCUCUACAACCCAAAAAUGGCCCCCCAUUUUCCGUGGGUCUCAUCAAGCCCAUGGCCACAGAUAACCCACCAUACCCACAAACCCACAAACAUCGAACCGAGGUCGAGGUCGAGCUCCUUCCACCUCAGACCACCCAGAAACGGCGCCCAAUUUGCCAUGGGUCUCAUCCAGCCCAUGGCCCAUCAACUACGUCGGUGCCCAAAGGUUUAUUGCUCUUGCCUUUCUCUAAGGGUUUUAGACUAGACGUCAGACAACAUACAAUUCCUUCUUUCCUUCAGAGAUCCACAUUGGCGGUGGAAUAUAUAGCUCAUGUUAUAGGGCGGUGCUGUUGUUGAGCUUUUACCUAGCCGCAACCUUCAACCCUAACCUAUAUAUAAAAGGAAAGGUUUCAAAGCAACACAACGUUCGUUUGGAAGAGCCUCGAUAGGUGCUCCCUUCUCCUUCAGAUUAAGCAAUGACAAAGCCAAAAGAAGAUUUCUCCAUUAAGGAGACCUCGGCAAACAUUAGUGCCACAAAGUUUACUAUAGGUCCUGCAACUGCCUAUGAUCUUGUCGAGCACAUGAACUAUUUGUUUGUAAAUAUUUUACAGGCUAGAAAUUUGAUAGGACUUGCUGGGCCUAAUACUUGUGACCCUUAUGUUGAAGUGAAGCUCGGAAACUAUAAGGCCACGACUAGAUUCCUUCAGAAGAAGUCAAACCCUGAAUGGUAUCAAGUUUUUGCUUUUAAGAAAGAACACAUUCAAACAGCUGAAGUGGAGGUUAUAGUCAAGGAUAGGGCUAACAUAACAAAUGAAAUCAUUGGUAAAGUUUCGUUCCUGGUUAGUGAUGCUCCUUUACGUGCUCCACCUGAUAGUUGUUUGGCACCACAAUGGUAUAGAUUGGAGGACAAGAACAAGAAGAAGGUUAUAGCAGAGGUGAUGAUGUCUUUUUGGAUGGGAACACAGGUGGAUGAAGCCUUUUCCGGUGCCUGGCAAUCUGAUUCAACAAUUAUCAGCAAUGAUGGCGUUGCUUUAACACGUUCGCAGCAAUAUUAUUCACCUAGGCUUUGGUAUCUUAGAGUUAAUGUGAUUCAAGCUCAAGACUUGGUACUUAGAGAUAAGAAUAUGAAAGACCCAGAAAUCUUUGUGAAGGCUACACUUGGGACUGUGGUUGUGAGGAGUAAAGUAUCGCCAAAGAAGAAUGUGAAUCCCACAUGGAAUGAAGACAUUAUGUUUGUUGCAGCAGAACCUUUUGAUGAUUCUUUGGUUUUGAGUGUAGAGAAUAAGUUGCAUCCAAAGAAGGAGGAAAGUGUGAGUUUAGGGAGGUAUGUAAUGGCUUUGUCAAAUGUGCAAAAGAGGAUGAAUAAUGCACCUGCAUCUAGCAAAUGGUAUAAUCUUGAUAUGCCAGAAGAAUUAAAGACUGAACAAAAGCAAGUCAAGUUUGCUAGUAAGCUUAAUAUGAGGAUAUCUUUGGAUGGUGGGUACCAUGUUCUUGAUGAGUGCACCCAAUAUAGCAGUGAUCUUAGGCCCACUGCAAAACCAUUGUGGAGACCUGUCAUUGGUGUUUUGCAUUUGGGAAUCUUGAAAGCUACUGGGCUGCCAGAAAUGAAACCAAUGGAGAAUCGCACAGAUGCAUAUUGUGUGGCUAAAUAUGGUUCACGGUGGGUGCAGACAAGGACAAUUGUUAAUAGUCUUGCUCCACAAUGGAACGAACAAUAUACAUGGGAUGUUUAUGAUCCAUGUACUGUCAUUUCAAUUGGAGUGUUUGAUAAUGGUCAUGUACAAGGAGUGGAUACAGUUCGAGGGCCAUGGCAUCAAAGGAUUGGGAAGGUAAGGAUUCGCCUAUCCACGCUUGAGAUGAAUCGUGUUUAUAUACUUUCUUAUCCGCUUGUUAUCCUACAACCUUCUGGGUUAAAAAAGAUGGGAGAAGUUCAAUUGGCUGUGAGAUUUUCUUGUUCAUCUUUGAUUAAUACAAUUAAUACUUAUUCGCAACCACUACUCCCCAAGAUGCACUACUUAAGCCCACUGUCAGUAUAUCAGCUUGAUACUUUAAGGCAACAAGCUGUUUACUUGAUCUCCUUGAACUUAAGCAAUUCUCAGCCACCAUUAAGGAAGGAGGUCAUUGGCUACAUACUAGAUGUUGGAUCACAAACAUGGAGCAUACGGAAAAGCAAAGCGAAUUAUGAUAGAGUCACAACACUCUUGACUGGUUUUCUUGCUAUGAUCAACUGGUUUAAGAAGAUACGCAAUUGGACAAAUCCUGCCACUACUAUCUUCAUUUACAUAUUAUUCCUACUGGUGGUUUUCUUUCCACAAGUAAUAUUACCUGCAAUGUUUCUCUUCCUUUUCUUAACUGGGCUUUGGCGCUAUAGAAAGAGACCAAGACUUCCUCCUCAUGUGGAUGCCAACUUGUCUCAUGCUUAUACAACAAAUGAAGAUGAACUUGAUGAAGAGUUUGAUCCAAUACCAUCUAGGAAGACAGGUGAAGUUCUUAAAUGGAGAUAUGAUCGAUUGAGGAUCAUUGCUGCAAGGAUGCAAACGGUGUUGGGUGACUUGGCAACACAAGGGGAGAGGCUGCAGUCUUUGUUGAGUUGGCGAGAUCCUAGAGCUACAGCUAUCUUUGUGUGUUUCUCUUUGAUUGUUUGCUUGGUGACAUAUAAGAUUCCGUUUCACUAUAUCAUUGUUCUUACAAGUACUCAUGUGCUAAUGCAUCCAAGACUUCGUGUUGAUUUUCCUUCAGUUCCCCAAAACUUCUUGCGGAGGAUGUCUGCAAAAACUGAUGGUCCCUCAAUAUCUUCUAGAUAAUAUGUGGGGUAAGGGUGAGGCCUGUAAAAUUGUGUGUACUCAACCUCGCUGUAUCUCAGCGACAUCAGAUACGAUUGGAAAGCAAAGGUGGGAGGAACUCAUCAAUUGUGUUCUGCACAAAUGGGAUUUUAUUGAGGGUGCUAAUUUCUGAAGGGGCUGGUAGGUUGAAACAGAAGGCGGAGCGAAACCUGCAAAGCGAGAGAUUUCUGGCAUUACUCACAUUAUCAUGGAGGAAAUUUUUGUAUCAUCUUUUGCUGCUGCUGCAUAUUUGAAGUCCAUUAAUUUCCCAAAAGAUGAAAAGGCUGUUGAAAACAAAUUUUUGAUUGCCUUCAGUACUAUGUGAUUUCUGAUGUCCCUUUUUGAGCAAUGGAAACUGGACUUACUUUAAUCCUUUUUUAGAUUUCCCCCCAGCCCAGGUAUGAACUUACUUUAAGUAAUGUUGUUCACCCUGUUGUCCUUCAAGUUUUUUAUUUUUUUGUGUUCUUGUAAAAUGUGACCUCAUUG